AUGGAUUUCAUCACCAAUUUGCCUUCGUCUUCUGGUUUUGACUCUAUUUUUGUGGUAGUGGAUAGGCUAACCAAAAUGGCCCAUUUCAUUGCAUAUAAUAAGAAUGUCAACACAGAACAGACAGCCCGCCUAAUUUUCCAAGAAGUUGUUAGACUCCAUGGUGCACCUGAAGAAAUUAUUUUGGAUAGGGGCCCUCAAUUCGCAUCCAAGUUCUGGAAACAAUUGUUUAAGCUAUUGGGCAUGAAGGUUAAUUUGUCCUCUGCCUACCACCCUCAAAUGGAUGGUCAAAGUGAACGGGUUAAUCAGAUACUGAAACAAUACCUAUGUUACACUAUCAACUACUACCAGAAUGAUUGGGCUAAACUGUUAUCUUUUGCAGAAUUCGCUUAUAAUAAUUUUACCCACUUGUCUACACAAACAGCCCCAUUCCUUGCUAACUAUAGGUUUCAUCUUUGCUUUGAUGUACAGAGCUCUGUUCCUGCUUCAGUUCCAUCGGCAAAAACUACAGUAGUUCAUUUACAAAAAAUACAAGAAAAGUUAGUUGACGGAUUAGGUGCUAUACAGGAAUGA